CCAAACUCCAUUUUUUUGAUCGCCUGCCGCCCAUUUCCACAGGCUGACGGGGGGGCGUUUUUCCCUUCUUCCCUAUCACGAACAAAAUGGCCAACCUCGCUAGAUUAAUGAAGUUAAUCAAUCGUCCUUUAUUGCAGGCUGCGGUGGUGGUUGUAAUAAUUCUCUUAAUUUUCUUGGCGGUGCCGCACUCAUCCUAUACAGGAGCGAGCGCCAGCGCGUCCGGGGCCACCCGCCGCGAUCUAGACGCAGUGAAAAAUGAGACUCUUGGGGUACUCCUGUUGACGCGCAGCAAUAUGAUCAUGUCGAUUGCUGAUAAUCCUGCACCAGUUCGAGAAGGUCUUCUUCAUCAACAUGCCGAACAGACCGGACAAGCGUGACUAUAUAACACUGGCAUCCUCGAUCCUACAGUUCCACCCAGAGCCAGUGAACGGGGUAUUUGCAGACGACAUUGACAAAAAGGCAUACCCUUCAAAUUGGGAUUAUGACAAGCAACCAGGGGAGAUGGGGGCCUGGCGGGCACAUAUGAAUGUCAUGCAAAGAAUAGUACAGGACCGGAUCUCCACCGCAUUCAUCAUGGAGGACGACGCGGACUGGGAUGUGAACUUAAAGAAACAACUUCAACGAUUUGCCUCCGCUUCGCAGUUACUGCAAGGUGAUACUAGACCAUCACAUUCACCCUAUGGGGACUCUUGGGACCUGCUGUGGAUAGGACAUUGUGGGGUAGCGUUCAAGUCUGGUCCCAUUCAUGUGACAACAGAUGAUAUCACAGUCGUGCCUCUCCCGGAGCUACCACGAUACUGGCACGGGUUUCCUGCGGGUGCUGACAAUAACACUCGCCUGGUAGCAAGGUUACAUGAUGGAGUAUGUAGCCUUGGAUAUGCAAUUACCUAUCGUGGAGCCCAAAAAAUUCUUUCUGGGCUUUCCUUGACACCGACAGGUGAUGGAGCUCCGUUCGACGUGGCCAUGGGUCGGUUCUGUCAAAGCGGCUCGUUGAGAUGUAUUGCCCCCUUCCCAUCAUUAAUCGGACUAUGGAAGGCGGCGGGUCCAAAGGCAAGGGGGUCGGACAUCCACAAUGACGAUGGUUGGGUCGAUAAGGAGACCCCAGUUGGAACCAUAUACAGUGCCAUGUACAAUGCGGGUCACUUGUUGAACGGUGAACGCACAGUACAUGCAGUAUUGGAGGACACACCAGCUCGUGAACUUGAUCCCACACAGUUGAAGUUACCGGAAGGGGUCUUGAAGACACUUGACAAUACUGGUAUACAUGAGAUUAGCAAAGGGAGUGUAUGAGCACUAUUCUUCCAGACUGGAAUGUCAAUAUUGGGUUAUACACCCGUGUCGUUGUUUCCUUUUCGCCCAGUGUACAAUAAACCUCCACAACCCCAAUACAUCAGGAAGUUCCCUUCCGGUCAUUUUACUAGGCUAGGUUGAGAAACCAACGUCCAACCUGGCUGUUGCUUGGUCGUCCUCGCAGCGCUCUUAUUUUC